AUGAUGAAACAGCGCUACAAGGACCCAUCUGCACCAUCGACUGCCACUCCCGAGAUCGCAGAGGCUUGCGGCAGCCGGCGCGUCCGCUACCGCGUCACCGCGCACCAGCCGCCCGCGGCCGAGAGCAUCGCCGGCUCGACGGCUGCGUCCGUGUUUGAGGCGGCACGGGCGGCGCUGCUGCCGGAGGGCUACCCCGGCUCGGUGCGGCCCGAGUACCUUCGCUUCCAGGUGUACGACACGAUUCAGGCCGCCUGCUCGUACCUGCGUGCCAUCCUCUCAACCGGCGCAAUCCUCAAGGCUUCGGGCGUCGGAGAGGCGGCGGCUUCGCCGAUGGCGGCGGCGGUCGCAUGGGUCCUCCGCGACGGCUUCGGCAUGUGUGGAUCGCUCCUCUUCGCCUCGCUCGUCGGCGUCGGCUUCGACGAGAACGUCAAGGAGUGGAGGCUGUUUGCUGACCUCAUCAACGAC